AUGAUCUUUGGCAACAAAGAGUCGAACAAGGUGAGCGAGCAGCAGGUAUUCAUCUUGUGGUCGAUCUCACACGACAAAUCGGUUAGCAUGCUGCAAUACCUGAAGGAGUCCCUAUUCGAUGUGCGAAACGACUCGAGGCGUGGUCCGACCUUGGUCCAUGUGGUGUCAAUGUUGGUUGAGUACUUUGGGGUUCAGAUUGACGAACCCAAAAUCCUUGCCAAAUGGAUUUCCCAGAAAGACCUCUAUCACGCCAGCUUCCUUAUAGAUGACACCACUCCGAAACCAGUCACCCAGCGGAAUAGCUACAAGGCCUAUCUAAAGGAAAUGGGUUUACCCCUAUCGGACGACCAAUCCCAGCCGGCAGCCGGUACAUCGAUCGGUCCAGCUCCAGAGGCCUCUCAUGAUGUAGACGGAGAGGACUUAGAAGCCAACGCACAACCCGAGCACGACACUUAUCAGCCUCCUUCGGCAAUGGAUGAGCAGUCGAGUGCAUCUUCCCAGCGGGCUCCCGUGUGGUUUUCUGAGUACCGGGCUCGGAAUGACGAGCAGCUGCGAGCAAUCCACUCCGAGGUGUCGUCCCACAAUGUGCGGCUCGAGUCAUAA